GUCGUUCUGUGAGUUAUUUUUGAUUUUACCUUGAUCUUGGAGUGUAAAAUUAGUAUUAACCAGAGGGAGCUAGAACUUGAUUUUGAAGGACUCCAUUGUUUACAUGCAAUAUCGAAAAUGAAAGCUCCACAUUCUACCAUGAUGAACAAGUAAACCCCCUCCAGUGUUUGGUGUUAAACCAGAUUAACUGCUGUGAAUAAAUGUAGAGAGAGUCUAGAUUCUAGAAAGGCAAAAAAGUCAAUUUCUAGAAUUUCUGAAACGAUCUCGUUUUUGUGAGUCUAGCCAUCUUCUUUGAUUUUUCUCUCUGGCCUACUAGAAAUCGACACGUCAUAACUACUAAAACGAGUAUUGCCACGUUCUCAUCCACUCGCCAGACUAAGCGCGUGAUAUUUAUUUCCCACCUGAUCGGAAAAGUCUUCCCAGAGAUUAGCUCCGAGGUCAAUUUUUUAAAUCUUAGCUCUCACCAACGACGAAACUCCUCUCUCUUUCUUAUGGAUCGUCAGCCGGAGAACGAUCCUCCGGCGAUAAUCUCCUACCGAGUUCUGGUAAAUGGUGUUGUGACGCCGUUAACUUUGACUGUCGAGGGAGAGCUACGGUGGACGGAAUCUGGACGGCGGAAAACGACGGCGAAGAAAGGUAUCCUGAGUUUCGUCGUGGAAGGUAACAAGGUUAGAGUAAAAACCUUGGUAGAGAGAGAGGGAGGGAUCUGCUGCGGAGGAAAUGUCGGAGAUUACGCGAGGAAGGACUUCGAUUUCGAGCCUCUCUCUGACGAAUCUAGAAAGCUUUGGUGCGAUAAGCUCCAUGAACACCUCGACUCUCUAGGUCGGCCGAAGAAGCUGUUUGUAUUUGUGAACCCGUUUGGCGGGAAGAAAUCAGCGAGAAAGAUUUUUGUAGAGGAAGUGAAACCAUUGUUUGAAGAUGCUAAUAUUCAACUUGAGAUUCAAGAAACCAAGUAUCAGUUGCAUGCUAAGGAAAUUGUUAGGUCCAUGGAUGUAUCAAAGUACGAUGGUAUUGUUUGUGUCAGCGGUGACGGUGUCCUUGUUGAGGUUGUAAAUGGACUGCUCGAAAGAGCAGACUGGAGAACUGCCUUAAAAUUGCCUAUUGGAAUGAUCCCUGCAGGAAGUGGUAAUGGCAUGAUUAAAUCAUUGUUGGAACCGGUAGGGCUUCCUUGUAGUGCAACAAGUGCUACUAUUUCGAUUAUCCGAGGUAGUACACGCUCUCUAGAUGUAGCAACCAUCUCACAAGGGACAACCAAAUUCUUCAGUGUCUUGAUGCUUGCUUGGGGUUUAGUGGCUGAUAUAGACAUCGAGUCAGAGAAGUUCAGAUGGAUGGGUAGCGCUCGCUUUGAUGUCUAUGGUCUUCAGAGAAUAAUAUGCUUAAGACAAUACAAUGGGCGAAUUCUAUUUGUGCCGGCUCCUGGGUUUGAAAGCUAUGGGCAACCAGCCAUUUGCAAUGUAGAUAAAGAGUCAUAUGUUGGUGAUAAGGCACUCGGAUACCAAGGACCUGAUACUAAACUUGAAGAUCUGGAUUGGAGAGAAAUGAAAGGCCCGUUUGUUUCAGUAUGGCUUCAUAAUGUUCCCUGGGGUGCUGAGAACACUUUGGCUGCUCCUGAUGCAAAGUUUUCUGAUGGGUUCCUGGAUUUGAUUGUUAUGAAAGACUGCCCUAAGCUUGCCUUGAUGUCACUUAUGACAAAGUUGAAUGAUGGAACACAUGUUCAAUCACCGUAUGUAUCAUAUCUGAAGGUGAAGGCAUUUGUGCUGGAGCCAGGCGCACGCAUAGACGACCAAGACAAGGAAGGAAUCAUAGAUUCAGACGGAGAGGUAUUGGCAAGAGGAAAGAGAUCAUACAAAUGUGAUCAAAAGGCUUUGAUGUCUUACAACAAGCUUCAAAUAAGUGUCGAUCAAGGUUUAGCAACUCUCUACUCUCCUGAAUAAUUCAGACACGAGAUGAGAUGAGAUGAGAGGAAGACACAAUUCAAAAGUUGAUGUUCCAUUGUGGCUAUAAUUUUGAUUUGAUGGACAUGUACAGCUAUUACAGUACACAUCAAAUGAGAAGCAAAUGGGGGUGAUUCGACUCUACUUAUAAAAUUCCAUGGAGUGUAUUGUUUCAACUUUCAAGUGUAAACUUUGUGUAUUAUUGUAUUUUCCGAAUAGAGAUACUGAUCAUCAAACCAUAUAAUAAUACUAAGAUUAUUCUUUUUC